GAGCCACUUGGCGGGAAACACCUGUGCGUGGGAAAGGAAAGCGCGCCAACAUGGCACGAGUGGACUUGAGCGAGAGCGCCGAGCACAUGUACCACCGCCGCCGCGCACAAAGGGACUCGAACGUGUGACUCCUCCAGGGCGAACCACUUCCGACGCCGCUUCCACUCUCAUGCCUCAAAACGGCGCGUAAAAGGGGUUUUCCUACGCCAUGUCGCGGCUGCAACUAGACCCGGCGGCGAGAUUGGUUGAUCCUUUGCAGCUCCCGCAGCUGAUGGCCGCCCAGCAGCAGCAGCGGCAGCAGCAGCCAGCCCCGGCGUGGCCCCCCGAUCCAUUGGGGGCGGCGUGGCCCCCCGAUCCAUUGGGGGCCACGCCAGGGCCGCGCAACUCCACGCCGGCCGGUGCGCCGCAGCAGCAGCACGCCUUCCCCUGGACGAUGACUGUCCUCGCCGUCGUGCUCAUCACCACCAUCGUGGUGGACGUUAUUGGCAACCUGCUUGUCAUCCUGUCCGUUUUCAGGAACAGGAAACUCAGGAAAGCUGGAAACGCGUUCGUAGUGAGCCUGGCGCUGGCUGACCUUUUGGUGGCCGUGUACCCGUAUCCGCUGGUGCUGACGGCAAUCUUCCAUGACGGCUGGAUUGCAGGAUACCUGCACUGCCAGGUGAGCGGCUUCCUGAUGGGCCUGAGUGUGAUCGGCUCCAUCUUCAACAUCACGGGCAUCGCCAUCAACCGCUACUGCUACAUCUGCCACAGCCUCCGCUACGACCGGCUGUUCUCAGGUGCCAACACCAUGUGCUACGUGGCGUUGGUGUGGGCGCUGACCGUACUGGCCAUCGUGCCCAACUGGUUCAUGGAGUCACUGCAGUACGACCCACGCGUCUAUUCAUGCACCUUUGCCCAGUCGGUGAGCUCGGCGUACACCAUCGCCGUGGUGGUGGUCCACUUUGUGCUCCCCAUCGCCAUUGUCAGCUACUGCUACCUGUGCAUCUGGAUGCUGGUCAUCCGCGUGAGGCGCCGCGUCAAACCCGAUUCGCGGCCCAAGCUCAAGCCGCAUGACCUGCGCAACUUCCUCACCAUGUUUGUGGUGUUUGUGCUGUUCGCCGUGUGCUGGGCUCCACUCAACCUCAUCGGCCUGGCGGUGGCGUUGGACUCACGGCUAGGCCUCGCCAUCCCCGAGUGGCUCUUUACUGCCAGCUACUUUAUGGCCUACUUCAACAGUUGCCUCAAUGCCGUCGUCUACGGCGUACUCAACCACAACUUCAGGAAGGAGUACAAGCGCAUCGUGCUCGUCAUCUUCAAGUUCAACUGUUGAGAGCGCGUGGGCGGGAGGGGGCGCCGUUUGAGUCGAACGUUUGAGAUGGACAACACUACUGGGAAGAUGGAGUCACUCUUGUUCUUAGAAAUACCAUCAAGCUGUGAGGAUUUUUGAAUGAGCCUUCCUGGCAAACCGAAAAAAAAGAGAUGUUUAAAAAUGGCGCCAAAGUGUUGGCGCUUUUUAGGAAAUCAUCAAGGUUCAUUUUGAAACUUGCGAGUAAGGGAGAAAAAAUUUGGCCUUUCUUUCAGCAUGAGUUUUUCUUCAAUGCUAUAUUUAAAGACAACCGGAACAAAUGGGCUCAUUGAUUGAUCAAAAGACUUACAUUUAACAAAAUAUCAGUUUAACAAUCACUACAUUUCCCUCAAGCCUCACAUUCUGCAUAUCUGAAUUCAAAGUCCCUUUCUGGAGUCUAAUGCUACAUUCAGGGGCACUGGGAAACAAAAAUGUACAUACUAUAGCAAUGGGAAAACCACAUUAUCGCAUUUCCCACAAGCAUCAGUCGUCACAUUCUGCAUACUGAAUGAUUGCUGAAAUUUUUUCCAACAAAUCUCCUUACAUCUCACUCUGCUGAUUUAAGGAAACUGGGGAGGGCAUUCCAAACAUCUUGGUUUAAAAAAUAAAUCUAGUAUUAUAAUAAAAAAUCACUUUGUUCCGGGUUCUGACAACAUUGACUUCACAUUCGCUUACUGUUAUUAGAUGCUGGCUUGAAGGACACUGGGGAAACGGAAACUAAACUACUAGCGGUAGUACAAGUAACACGUUAUUUGUAUCUUCACUACAUUCCCCACAAGCUUCACUCGCUGCAUCCUACCAAGAAACCUGGGAAAGCAGAAAAUUCAGCUUGAGGUAAUCAGACUUAUAUGAAUGGACCAUCAAUAGGCCCGUUGCUGAUCCCUGCUUAAACAAUUCACGACAAGCAUUUGCAUAGUUGCUUUCUGAUUUUGUCAUUUUUAUAAGAUUACAGUCAAUUUUUGAUCCCAUCAGCUUCUUCAUGGGAUUUCACAUUUUAGAGGAGGCUUAUGUAUUUAUCAUAUGCUUUUAUUGUGUGUGAGUAACAAGUGUGUUUUCAAAAACAAUUGUAAACUGUCAAGAUGAGAUACACUCACAGUGCAUCACCGCCGCGUGGAACUCUACCCAGGAACUAGGACCUCUUUGGGGACCAUUUCUAAAUGUAAUUUUGAAACCCUUCCGAGCAGGGUAGACAAGAAUCGAUAUUUUUGGCACGGUCUGAUCAAAGCUUGAAGAUGGAAGGAACUACAAGUAGCAAAAACAUAAGGUUCCAAAAAUUUUAAGUGUACCUAUAACCAAAUGAUGUGGUUCAUGGGCCAAAAUGAGGUUGUACUUUUGAAAGGUGCAAAAACCUAACUAACAAGAACCUGGUUCUCAGAACUAAAUCUGACUGGAACAUUUUAGUUUCAGAAAGUUCAGUAACUGAGAACUAAAAGAUAAAAAAAAAAAAAAAAAAGUGGAAAUGCAGACUGUGAGCAGUCGCCAUGGAAGUGUCUGUGUGUUUACACGAUUUUAAUCAAACUUUUUUUCGGGAAAAAAAUAGCCUCAACUUUGGUCUAAAAAGUGAAUAUGGAAUGUUCAAAUAAAUAUAAAAGGUUUGUAAAUAGGAUUGUCGUAGGGACAUUUUCAAAUGUCAACAUUUUUGAAAUUCUACUAGGUGAUGAUCCUCCCUCUGCCAUACACACUGUG